CAAGGCAGCUGUCCUCUUUGCACCAGUAGCAGUCAGCAGCUUCCUCUGGAGAUUCAAUCUGCACAAGUCCAACAAUGUUGGCACAGCGGUCACACCUCUUCUUCUGCAUUCUUGUCCUGUCAAUGGAGUUCUCCAAAAGCAAGGGGGAGUCAAUGCUGCAAAGGGGUACCCUAGAGGUGGAGACCUCUCUAGGGGAGAGCGAGGAGCAGGAGUGCCCCGUGUGUAUGUGGAGAAAACACAGCAAAGAGAUGAGACUGGAGAGCAUCAAGUCUCAGAUCCUGAGCAAACUUAGGCUUAAGGAAGCUCCCAACAUCACCCGAGAGGUGGUAAACCAGCUUCUACCCAAGGCUCCCCCUCUGCAGCAGAUACUGGAUCAGCAUGAAUUUCAGGGAGACUCUUUUCAGCACAAUGCUUUCCUGGAAGAGGAUGAGUAUCAUGCCACUACGGAGACUGUUAUCAGCAUGGCACAGGAAACGGAUCCCGUGGUGAGAUUGGAUGGGAACCCUCACUGCUGCUACUUUAACUUCAGCCCAAAGAUAAUGUUCACAAAGGUAGUGAAGGCCCAGUUGUGGGUAUACCUGCAACCAGUGCAGCAUACCUCUACCGUUUACCUGCAGAUCUUGCGCCUGAAGCCAGUGACUGAUGAGGGGAGUAGGCACAUUCGUAUUCGCUCCUUCAAGAUAGACCUCAACUCUCGCACAGGUCAUUGGCAGAGCAUUGACUUUAAACACGUGCUUCAGAACUGGUUCAAGCAGCCCCACAACAAUUGGGGAAUUGAAAUUAAUGCCUUUGACCCCAAUGGCAAUGACCUAGCUGUUACUUCACUGGGACCAGGAGCAGAAGGACUGCAUCCCUUUAUGGAGCUUCGUGUGAUGGAGAACAACAAGCGAUCAAAGAGAAAUCUGGGACUUGACUGUGAUGAACAUUCUACUGAGUCCCGCUGCUGUCGGUAUCCACUAACUGUGGAUUUUGAGGCCUUUGGUUGGGACUGGAUAAUUGCUCCCAAACGAUACAAAGCCAACUACUGCUCAGGCCAGUGUGAAUAUAUGUUUAUGCAGAAGUACCCACAUACUCACCUUGUGCAGCAAGCAAAUCCUCGGGGAUCUGCCGGGCCCUGCUGUACCCCAACCAAAAUGUCUCCAAUCAACAUGCUGUACUUUAAUGACAAGCAACAAAUAAUUUAUGGCAAGAUCCCUGGCAUGGUAGUAGACCGAUGUGGUUGCUCCUAAGACUUUUUAUCCUUCUUUCUUGACCCAGUCGCCCUCAAUUUCUCUCCUUCGCUCAAGGGUAAAAGCAGACCAAAAUUUGGGACUGGGGCUAGUGCAGUAUUUAUGCCUCCAAUUCCUUUCUCUCUAUCCAGGUUAAGCUUGAGAUGUGGCAUUCUUCGCAUCUGAUUUCUGCUUAUAGUUAAGCUUUUGCAAUAAUUGGUGUAGAUAUUUUCUAAGUUCAGUAUAGCAAUUCAAGGGCUGUGUUCCUACCCAUGUAAUCUGACAAACAUGGGAUAAACUAAUGGGAUCUUAAAUCAUUAUAUGCCAUAUUGCACUACAUCCGAGACCAAUUCAUGGGUUAGGAAGCUUAUUUUUGGAAGAUAAAAUGUUUGCUUUGUAAAAAGCUACAUUUUUUAUAAUUUGAAGAAGGUAUGUCCACAUUAAAGACUUUUUGGGAACAAUUAUUUGUCCCCGUAUCAAUUCUCAGAAGUUCAUGGGUGCAAAAUGGAGCCAAAAAAUGUAACUUCUGUUUUGCAUUACAACAUUUUUAGAUAUCUAAUAAUUGUAAAGCGAUUUCCAUGGUCAGAAUUAUGGACUGGUCUUCUACCAAACACAGUUUAUAGCACAACUCUCCCUUCGUUUUGCUCCAGUUACAUUUAUGACUUGAAUCAACCUCCUCUCUUUUAAACCUUUUUGCCCAAAAUUGCGGAUUCCAGAAGACCAGAAAUAGUUUUUAGAGACUCUCGCCUUUGGCUAAUGCAUUGUGCAAUAUAAAGUAAAACUAAGCAUGAAAAUAAGUCAUUGUAUUCCCUGCAAACUAUUCGUACAAUGCUGCCUGCUCUUAAAAUCAGCUUAGUUAUGUAGAAUAUCAUUUAUAAUAAAUACAUUUAAAGAGAGUGAGGUUAUUAUACCCUGGUCAUGUAGGUUUUAAAAUGAAACUUGAAAAAUUUAUUUUAGGAAUAGCUUUAUCUUUUCGUGUCAGGAGGUAAAAAUGUCUUAAUUAUGACUUAGGCUUUUCCUUGGUGUUAUUCCUAACCUGGCACAAUAAGCACGGUAACAGAUAGGCUAGUCUGUUAUCUACAUAGUAUUGAGGCUUCUCAGGGAUUGGUCUAACAUCAGGUAUAGGUAGGGUCCCUAAAUUUAGAUUUACUGUGUGUUGACAGGCACACUGGGAAGCUUUUCUGAAACCUCCUUUGCAGUGCAGUGAUAUUCAGUUGAAAAGAAGCUGGUCCACUGUGUGUGCUACAUUACUACAUCACACAUUAAAUAGAUGCACUAAAUACAGCCCUUAAGACACAUUGUGCAUAUUUAUCUGUCCCAGUAACAGCUCAAUGCCCUCUAUGGACCAUUCUCUUUUAACUUCUUUAAGUAGUUUCCUUCCUGUAAUAUGCUGUAGUAGUGUUCAUGCAUAUACCUGUACAUAUUAAUAGGUUACAUUAUCAAAUAUAAUGUGAACACAAAGCUUGAAAACUGCUAGAAAGAAGGCAGCAAUAGUGGAUUAAAAAUGAAUGAGGGUUGUUGAAUAUCACAGUGUGAGCUCAUUAAGGAAUCAGGGGCUAAAGUAUGCAAUCUAUCUUACUCUUUAGGGCCACCCUACAACUUAUGUUAAAAUGUGCAACUUUCUUGAUAAACAAAAAGUAAUUUGGACAGAUAUGGAGUUGUCACUUCAUUGUUAAUUCAGUACAGUAUAUCUUUUUUUUGGCAGCUUUUAACUCAUAUUGCUGGCUGCCCACCUGGAGUAUACUGAUUUAUCUUAAUAUGUUACAACAGACAGCUCAGAUUAUUUUAAUGGUUUAAUACUUUCUCUCCUUUCCCAUAUGCUAUAAAGCUGUGUAUCUUUUAAAGAACCAGCUUUAUGGCAUAUUGGAUAGAAUCCACUAGAUAACAAAUUAUGGGAACAAUUUUGAAUGAUAACCUGAAAAUAUGGGGUAUGAAUCACAUAUCCAGAAUGUAGAACAGGUUAAGAUGGACUAUGCUUUUUUAAGAGACCGUAAUUGUAUUUUUUUUUUUCAAAGAGGAUUAAAGGGUAUCCUUUUUUGACAUGGCACCAUUUGCACUAUAGAAGGUCUUAGGACCAGUGGAAGAAGAGAUGCCAUUUGUGUUCCUGUUUAUGUCUCCAACAGACUCCAGACUAGAAGGGACAAUUUUGUCCAGCCUCUGUACAUUCUGCUGAGGCAUUACACUUUCAGCAUGCACAUGCUUCAGAGCUGUAAACCCAGGACUACUAUAGGUUGUCCAUUCUAGGCUGGAACUAUCCAUCUUUUAUAUGUGUAUGUUUAUGUGUGUGUGAAUGAGGAGAUUUUGUAGAAGGGAAAUGGGAUCUUGGGUGGGGUUUUACUAUGCUGGAAGGUUAUUACCUGUCAAUAUUGAAAAAGUGAGAAAAAAGCAUCGCCUUAUCCUUCUUACUAGCUAGGCAGUGACCAUUCUUGUAUGCCAAAUGUCAGUAAAGCUCUAUGUUUCUGAGCACACUUCCACAAACUGUUUUUUGAAUAAUCUGUCACUCGCUUGUCAGUGUAAUCAGUGAGAGCCCACAAGAGCUACAAUAUAACUUUCAUGCUACCUGGCAAAGCAGUUCCAAGACCCCGAAAAUUGACACAAUUUCUGCUAGUGGGCCACUACAUACUAUUAAGUGGAUUUCUACAAGUUAUAUGGAAAGAACACCUUCACAAAGAGACAUUUUCUUCUGUAUUGGCCAUUCAAAGGACUUCCCAAUGGUACUGGUCUACAUAUUAUUGUGAAUGGCAUGGUAGCUCAUAUGUAAGGGUGAAGCGAUAAUUUUGGUGACACCUUCACGGCAGGUAUCACAAUGAUGUGUGCAGGUGGAAUAUUAUGACAUGAUUUCUGCCAUAGGAAGUUGCACAUUAGUGCUGUGUUGAGAUUUUCUUAUAAAUAUAUAUUUUGUUUACUUAGGAUUCCCUAAAGCAAAAAAAAAAAAAAAUGUUUUGAGGAUGUUGUUAAUACGGGAAUUCAACCCAUAAGAUGGGGAACACUUGGUGCUGUAAAAUAAAUAUUGUUUGUAGUUUAUUUAAUUGAGGUAUAAGAAUUAAAUGGCAGAGACAUGUUUUUAAAUGUGAUCAUACAGGUAUUAUGGAUGAUUCAAACAAAUCACUUUGCAAAACUGAGAAUUUAAUGCUUUCCAGUUGUGAAAAAUGAUCAUGGUAAAAUGGUUUACUGUCAAAAUGAAAUUGCACAUUGUUGGUAAUCUGCAUAAACCUAAUAUAGGAACAAAAACUGAAGCUGGAUUUCAUGAAAGACUGUUAAAACUAACCAAUAACUUAUACACUUGCCCCUAAUUCAGUCUGUUAGGAUAGUCGUGAAAAAUGUUGUAUGUAUGUAUGGGCAAUUUUUGGUUUCUUUUUCCUAGCCAUUCCAAUCCAUUUGAAUAGACACCAUUUCAAUAUGUAAAACCUCCAGGUUUAUGUAUACAAUAUAGGAGUAAAAUCUAGUUAAACACAUGGAAAAACUAAAACAGUUGUUUCACAGGCUUAUCAAGGGGAAUUGUUGAAGCAAAAAAUGUACAGUUAAUGCAAAAAUGUAAACAUGACAUAAUAUUGUUUAAUAGUCCAAACACUGAUUUGGAGUUAUAAAUUAACCAUUUGAUAAUCAUAUUUUGGUAUUAGAUUUUAUUAAACCAAUAAUCAAUUGUGUUUAUUUAUAUAUAAAAUAAGCAAGCAGAAAAACAGGACAUGUUUUGUGUUUUUAAUAGGAUCAGGCUUUUCUAGCCAAAAAUUAAAACUAUUAUUUGAAAAAUUGCUCAAAAAUAUUUUCUGAUGGAUUGGAAUAAUUCAGUGUCUAUAUUAAAUAUUAAGUUAAUGCUGUGAGAAGCAACUGGAAGAACACACAAUAAACAUUUUUCGUAAUAGUUUUAAAAUAUACUGGAAUCACACUGAACUUCAAAUGGAUUGGAAUAGACCCCCACUGUCUGAAUACAGUGGUAAUGUUAGUGAAUUUCCACACAUUUUUUUCUUAUUAUAUAAGUUAAUUACAGACAGUUUAACCGUGCCAUUUAUUUAAAUUUGUAAAAUUAGUAAUAAUGGUAGCCAAGAAGCCUGGGCACUUAAAUGUUUUGCCGAAAGAAAGGUAACUUGGUGCACUGAUAGGAAUCUUAACACAAUAGAACUAAAAUAAAAAAUGUGUUUCUGAAUUUGAUGUGAAUGUACAGUAUCUAGAUCACGGUAGGACCUCUGGAACUGUGGCCUCAAAACCAACUGCACCACUGAUAGCUAUUCUCGGGGCUACAUUAUAGUUUACUAGUCAUGAGAGUUGAUAGCCCACUCAGUAUUAAAGAUUGGAACAGCCCAAUUUCUUUCCCUUCAAUUCCUCCCAAGUCUGGGACUAGUAAACUAAAGUAUAUUUCCAACCCUAGGUAGACCUAUGAAUGCAACUGAACGGUUCCACUAUAACAUAAGAUUCCAAAGAAGCCAUGCAGUAUAAUGCAUUUUAAAUUAAUUAUUAGUACAACUAAUUUAGGAAUAUUGUGUGUGUUAAUUUUGACAGAAAAAAAGGAAACCAUUAUUAUGUUAAACAAAAUGGUCAUAUAACUUGAUCCAACACACUAUUUAGUUUAAAUAGGUAGGGAAGAAAAAAAGAUUAAAAUAUGACCAAUUUGUUUACAAGGAAGAGACUAGCAAAUUAUCUUAUUUUAUGUGAUAUGAAAAGGCAGAAAAUAAGAAGGAAGCAAAUCCCAGCACAGCUACAUAAAAGUAUGUCCUUCACCUAGUAAAGUGAUCUGCUUGCUCUUGCUUGUGGAGAACAAGUUUAAUGGACUACAGAUAUAGAAUAUUUUCAAAAAGUGCUAUCAAUAAACUCCUUGAAAUGUUGAAUACAGGCACUAUACAUCUUCACUUCUGGACAUCUGUUAAUCAGCAGCCAAAUAGCUCUCAGUCCCAUUUAAUGAUUAAAUGUAACACCACUCUCAGUAAAUGAUUUCAUGUAACACCAUUCUCAGUAUAUGAUGUGGCGUAAAAAAAGUGUUCCCUUAUAUCAAUUAAGGCGGGAUUAUUCAUUGAUCUUAUACAUGUUUCCUAGCAGCAGGAGCAAGUUGAACUUGAGGUCCCUAGCUUGACAGCCUACUUGCGAGUAUUCUAAUUUUCACAUUCAGUUUCAUAAUGGGUGAUUUUAUGAUUAAGAAUGAAAACCUUGUUCAAAAUAGUAUGAGAUGAAAAAAUAAAAUGCUAGAAUGCUUUUGAUGCUCUGUAAAAUGGUGUUAUUCUGUAAUUUGUCUUAGUGCCUGUGGUAUUGUAAUAUUCAUAAAUCAUGGCACCAUCUUACAUUUUUAUAGAUUGUUUUGUAAAAUAAAAAACAACAUUAAUAGAGCUAAAACCUUUAA